AAAAGCCUUUUAUAGUUUAAUGUUACCUCAGUAUCAAUAUCAAGGUACCCGACGUACAUUUGACUUCAAAACAUUACAAUAUGAGCUGCAAAUUCUUGAUAAUUUUCAGUGUGCUACUUAUAAUAUUUAACAGCCAAGUGAGAUCAGAAACUGAAGCUAAGACAGAAGAGAAAUCAGUUGCUGGAAAACCAGUCAUAGAUCGUUCCUCGGUACACCACCACCCCCACCACGAUCCCACGUUCCACGGAUUCUGGAAGAAGAAGUUCGUGUGGCGAUCGCGAUGGGUGAAAACUUGGCAAGAGAAGAAGGUCUACGUCGCUGUGUGGAAGCGGAUGUGGGGGCCCGUGGAGGUGAAGGAGUGGGUGCCGGUGCCGAAGCCUCCCCCGGGGUGGAUCAAACACGACGUCAGCUCCUAUGUCGUCAAAACUCAUCCCCAUAUUACCAAUGAAUAGAUAACGCCAAUGAUAAUCGCUUACAAAAAAAGAACCCCGUGCUUUUUGAGUCUCCUGCUACGCUUAAGAUUCUAACCUUCAAAAACUUGCUAGGCCCAUUAUGCGGCGACAUUUGUAAAU